AAACACAAUAAAAAUUUACGGGACGGUGGACUGCCUGCACUUCAACAAUGGCUUUAUCCAUCAAGCAGCUUGUGUCUAUUUCAAUAGUUUUAAAUAUAUGUGUCGCUUGGAAGCCUAUAACCCUAUACAGUGAUUUUGGUUCUUCAAUUGAUCAAGAAUUCUUUAUCAAAGUUUAUCCAUGGAUCGUUAACAAUAUGGGCCACGAAAUUAGAGUCUCCUACAAUUUCAUUGGCAGCGGCUUAGACAGUAGCCGACUGAUGUGUGCUCUUCGGAACAUAAAGAACAUUCUUUACGAAAGCCAAUUUCUCAUGUGCGCAGCUAAUUUGUAUUUUUUACGGAGAGAAUAUGACGUUUUUUACCACUGCAUACCUGAUGGAAUUGACGUCCCACUGAAGCCGUAUAGUACGUGCGUGCAAAAACAAGGACCAUCAUUGGUCAGACAAAGCAUGAAGACGCUUGACAGGAUUCAAAAUAGUAAAAAUACUCCUCUGAUCGAUUUGGGACACAGGCAAUACACUAGCUAUAAGACUUUUGAUAAUGCUGCCAUGAUACUUGAAACAAUUUGCAAACUUUUUGGACGAAACAGGCCUAUAAGAUGCGAUAACCCUUCCGUACUACCGACUGGCUACUCGUCAUCUGAAUAGGAACUUACUUGUAAACUAUUCUGCCGUCAAUAGCGUAAACGCAGUACAAUUUAGGCGGUUUCGAGAAAAACGCGGUCAAAGGUUUGUGGUGAUAUUCUUCCAUAUUUUUUUUUAUCACAUCUUGACGGUUUAUACCUUAAAUCAUUGGUACUCAACCUUUUUUAUAUAAGGGCCACAAAUACGUUUAAGUCAUGGUGUUGCGGGCCGCAAGCAAUUUUUUUAACUAUUAUAAAGCGAUGUAAACUAUCGAAUAAUAAUAUAAA